CCCCGUCUUUUAUCCUCACACCUUGGUCAUACAUCAGCUGAGUUUUAAUGAGUUUUUCUUUUACAAGUGUUGGGGAAAUGGAACAGCGCGUCACUCAGUGUCCAGCCAUAGUGCCAUCUCGUAUAACAGAGUACACACACACAGACCUUUUAUCACCGUACCUCACUCCAGUUCCAUAGAACUGCACUCCACAAUACACCUGUGAUCCUAGAAACAUACUGACAUUUGAUUCUCUGUCACAAAGCACUGGGUUGACCAAACUGGAGGGUAAUUUGUUUACUACGAAAGAUAUGCAUAUAUGUGCUGCUUUUUAACAUGUCUACAUUUAGAUGGUUCCAAGUUUUUGGUUAUCAGUUUCGCAUUUCGCUUUAAUUUCCCCCUGUAAUGCAUAAGGACUGAAAGAGACCUUUCACAGUGUUUAAUCUUUAUUUUUUUUUCCCUAUAUGUGGACAGUUUAAACAACAUAACAGAAGUGGCAUUACAAUACAGGGAACUUCAAUUGUAGAUAAUCUGCCCCAUGUAAGUUCUCCUUCCUGACGUUGGUCUAUAAAUUCAACUUUGAAUGGCAUUUGCAUCGCGGCCUCCUUCUUCAAGGCCAUUGUUUAUGUUUCUGUGGGGUUUAUUGCUCUAGCAACUACUUCAUUACUGGCACAGUAGCUUUGCUCAUCUGCAUUUCCUUGUUGUGUAUUCGCUCUUGUGUAUUCAUGCCUGCCAAUCUACAGUGCCAUAUAAAGGAUGUUCAGCAGACCCAGUGGCCUAUAUUCCCUAUCAGCCAAAUCUAUAUAGUAGACCAUAUGCUACACCAGGGAUGGCAACUUUCAUGAUACGUUUUUUCCAUCACCACCAUCAGAGGUCCAUAGGACUACAGGGCACAUCAAAUGAGAGAGAGAGUGUGUCAUCCGUUUCUCUUUUUUCAUUUGAGCUUCAUAGUUGUACAACUGCUCCCCACUCACUGCAUUUGGCUUGAUUAACAACAACAAAUGGGUCUGGCUGUGACUUCAAGCUACAGCUGGUUGCUCUCUGACUGCUGAUAUUGUUUCCAUUGUGUGCGAAGUGUUCUCCGACCAACAGUAGUAUUGCAAUGGAUUGAUCUGGUUUUUAUCAUUAUUAUUUUAAGUAAGUAUGUCUGAGUGGUGUGGUCCCCGGGCCUCAAGUUGCCCCUCCCUGUGGUAGACAUGUUGAGAGUUUGUUAUAGAUAAUCGCAAUGCUUUGUGAAGGUGUAGUCAGUGCAACGCUGGAGUGAGAUGCAAAACUGAUAAAAUAAAACAUUUGUGAAUCAUGUUAUGUUAAAAAAAAGAGAAAAGAGUCCAUUAUCAGAGGUUUAAUCACCUUGCCUGAGAUGAGCUGUGUACACAGUGUGUGACUUUAACAUUGCCUUGGUGACAGGUGCAUCACUCCUCCCCUCCUCCACUCUGCUAUGCUCUUCCCCUCUGACUCAGAGCUGUUCCAAUGGGAGGGGAGGCAGGCAUCCCUGGAAUCACUCCUACCUGUGUGCACAGAAACCCGUUCUCUCCCUUUCCCUUCUGUGUAUCACCAAACCCUGGCCCACGGGAGGGGAGGGGAGGAGAGGAGAGGAGAGGAGGAGGGACAAAACGCGUGACUGAGCGGUUGGGAAAGACUUAACGGCCAGACCUCACAGCGCAGACGGGGAUUCGCAUAGAGACAGCGCAAACAUUGACCAGCACCUGGCUUAUUUCUCUUAGUGGCGGAGUAAAUCGUGACCUUGAAAAUGGGCUGCUUUGGAUUUCUCAAAGUCAUGAUGUUUGUCUUCAAUGGCAUCAUCUUUUUGGCCGGAGCUGUGAUCCUGGGAGUGGGCAUUUGGGUGAAAGUGGACAGUGGCUCUAUCCUCAAUCUGCUGGACAAGAUCCCUAAUGCGCCUGUGGAGCUGGACCAGGUCUCCAACGUGGGCUACCUGCUGAUCGCCGUGGGCGCUGUGCUGCUCAUCCUGGGCUUCCUGGGCUGCUGUGGAGCUGUGAAGGAGAGCAAGUGCAUGCUACUGCUGUUUUUCAUCAUCAUUUUGCUGGUGUUCUUGGCAGAGGUGGCUGGAGCAAUCGUCAUUUUGGUCUUCAGACCUCUGGCCGAACAGCUCAUCAGGAAACUGGGUGUUGAAAUGGUUGAAGACAUUCAAAAGCAGUAUGGGACAAAUGAUGACAUUACAGGCCUAUGGAACACUACCAUGGACACAUUGAAAUGCUGUGGGUUCAACAACUACACUGACUUCGAAGGCUCUCCAUUUCAUUCGGAGUAUAAUCUCUUCCCGUCCCAAUGCUGCAAAAGCACCUCCUCUGCCUGUGAUGCAGACAACACCUCAACCUCACCCGUUCCAGGUUGCUAUGAGAAGCUUGUUUCACUUAUCGAUAACAAUGCAGUGGUGAUCAUAGGCGUGGCCCUGGGUAUUGCUGUUCUUGAGAUUUUGGCAAUGGUCGUGUCCAUGUCCAUGUAUUGCCACAUUGGCUCAAAACACAACGCCUGAAUUCAGCAAGGACCAUGUGGAAGAGAGAAGAUUCCUGACAAACCAAAUGCCAAGACCAAAGAACUCAAGGGAGUUUUCAAAUGACUGGGAUUUCCAAUGGUUUACCAAGCAGGGAUUUACAUUAUUUAAAAAUGAAUUUUAAAAUUGAAAUGUAAAUAAUUAUUUUGAAUCGUGGAGACUGUUUGUGCACAAUGUUGUAACAUAAAGAUCCUUUUUAUUUUCUCCUGUUUAUAUUAGGCCUGGGCCUACAUUUUAUUUUAUUUUAUUUUUUAAAGAAAUACUCGCACUUUACAUUUGUACACUGGAAGCCAAAAUAUGUAGACCUAGACCAAGUCUAUCUGAUCCUGUCAGCCAAAUAAAGGAUAGGCCUAAAUUGCAGGAUGUGUUAUAGGUACCGACAUACUGUAUCAUUGGAAAUAAUGGUAAUAAUAGGCCUACAUUUUUCUGAUGGUUUUCAUUUUUUAAGAUAGAAAAUAAUAAUAAAGCGACUGAUAACACUUACA